AUGGCCCCAACACACUACCAUUGGUGGGCGCCCUUUCAAUUGCCGAACAGCCAAUCGCUGCGCGACAUAUUCCUUAAAGCAUCCUGGGUACUGGUGUAUCUGGGUGUGGAAAGUCGCUCCUUCACUGGAGCUUGGGCAGGCAGAUGUGUGAUUGCACACCUGGAUGAUUGUGGGGGGCCUUCUUGA